AAGUGUCGAAACGACCGGUGGUGUACACAUAGCUCUCGUAGAAGCCAAAACCAAGGUCGCUCUUAUAAAGAAGGUAUCACUAUCACGUCUUGAAUUGUGUGGUGCCCAUCUUCUAGCUCGUCUUGUAAAACAUCUUAAAGCUGUCCUUGAAAUUCCUACCAAAGAUAUCUAUGCUUAUACGGACAGUACCAUUGUAUUGUAUUGGAUAUAUGGAACCAAUCGACGGCCGAAAACCUUCAAAGCCUCUGUCUCUGAAAUCCAGGAACGUUUACCUCCUGAACGAUGGAAACAUAUCAAAGGAAAUGAAAAUCCUGCUGAUGCCGGUUCUUGUGGUAUUCUCCCUAAAGAUAUUAUCAAUCAUGACUCAUGGUGGUCAGGACCGCAUUGGUUAAAAUCGGAUCAGUCAACCUGGGAAUCGAAAAGAAGACAUCUGGCAUCCGAGAAGAAGAUUUGA